UACAUCAUCUUUAAGAAAUGCUAGUUUGACAAAUCAACAUGUAUCAUUUUUCGCAGGUGUCAAACGGAGAACACAGCAGUGUAGCCAACGUUGGAGGCUUAGAAACAGACAGCUUCAACUUCCAACAACAUGUGUUUGAUGCUCAAUUUUCGUGUUUGAAGUUCGAUUCACAAAACUUGUUGUGUCAAUCUUCUGGGGACAACUCUGCUCCAAUAUUAUUCGGAAGUGUUGUUGAUUCUUUCUUGUCCAGUGAUGAAGACACGUUUUGUGACACAUAUAGUGAAUAUAGUGAACUUCCUUGCCAUGAAGUGUCACUUUAUGAGCAUUUCAGACACGAAAACAACAUCUUGGAGAGUAAUUAUUCUGCCCCAGUUAAUGAGGUUGAGGUUGUUUGUGCUACUUCUGGCAUGGUUCCAACUAGGAAAAACAGAAUAAAAUGGACCAAAGAUUUACAUGAACAAUUUGUUGUGGCGGUCAAUAGCCUUGGUGGUCCUCAAAAAGCAAAACCCAAGGCAGUGCUACAGAUGAUGAAUUCAAAGUUGCUUACCAUUUUUCAUGUUAAAAGUCACUUGCAGAAAUAUCGGACCACAAUGUACAUGCAAAACACUACCAAGGAGGGGUACAAAGAAAGCCAAGGCAGAGACAUGGUCACGGAACUUCAACAGAAAAUCUAUAUGCAACUUGAGGAAUCAAGACUACUGCAACUUGAGAUUGAGAGAGGUAUUCAAGAACAAUUGAAGGCUCAACGAAAUUUGCAAAUGCUAGUCGAAGAACAAAAGGAGCAAGUCAAUAGUGUAACUGGUCAAAAUCAAACAAAGCAAACUGGAGGAUCCAAAUCUUUGGAAGAAAAAUAAUUAAUAGGCACGGACCUGUAAUAUUAUUUACCUUUUAAUAUUUUUUAAGAACAUAUGACAAAUUAAACUUUAAGUAAAUAACUCGUAACGUACUUUUUCCUUUUUUUAACUACCCAAUCAAUCUUAUAUUUUUUUUAUCUUCAUAUAUAAACAUUACAUAUUAAA